GCUCUCUUUCAGAUGCCUCUUCUGAAUAAGCUUCUCGCCGGCGGCAACUCAAUUGCGGCGAACCACCCACUCCGGCGAAAAUGGAGGGGUAUAAUAUCUUCAUCUCGGUCGCCUUCGUAUCCGCUCUAAUCUGCGCCGUCGGCCUCCUAGUGGUGGGCCGCUGCGUCUGCCUCCGCUACUUCUACCACCACGGCGGCGGGAACACCGCAGCGAGCAGCUCCACGGCACAGUCGCCGCCCAACGGAGGUCCGAAGGAGGAGAGGAUCCUCUCGUCAGUCCCCAGAGUGAGAUACACCGGCGACGGAAAAGUGGGGGAGUGUGCAAUAUGUUUGACAGAGUUUAUGAAGGGAGAUGAGAUGAGCGUGAUGCCGCAGUGUGGUCAUGGGUUCCAUGUGAAGUGCAUAGAGAGGUGGAUGCGGCGGAGCUCGUCGUGUCCGUCGUGUCGGCAGAUUCUGGUGGAGCCCAGUAGGCGAUAGUGCGGCUCAGGCUGAAGCGCAAUCUUAAUAUAGUCAUGAUAAAAAGUUUUUGAGAACAACUUUUUAACAUUGUUAUAUCAUGUGCGGUGUAAUCAUUUAUUCAAAACAAAAUCUCUCUCUCUCUC